AUGCCGGAUUCAUUGGACGACACGGUAAUCGAGAUGGCAGCCCCCGAAGUCGAGCGCUCAAACAUCCACCGAGUAGCGUUGAAGAUGCCACCCUUCUGGGCCGACAAGCCGGAACUCUGGUUCGCACAAAUUGAGAGCCAGUUCACACUGAGUGGAAUCACACAGGAUGCCACUCGCUACGCCUAUGUCGUGUCACACAUAGAAACACGACACACCAAAGAAAUCCGGGACCUCAUUACUCGACCUCCAGCGGCUCAUAAGUACGAGAGCGUGAAAAGGGCAUUAAUUCAGCGCCUAUCCAUCUCGCAAGAGCAGCAGAUCCGCCAACUCCUGGAGCACAAAGAGAUUAGAGACAGAAAACCGUCGCAGUUCCUACGGCAUCUACAGUCGCUCGCCAAGAACGCCAUGCCUGAGGAACUCCUACGGACACUGUGGAUGGGCAGACUUCCCGCGCAGCUACAAGCCAUCCUGGCAACCCGCACCGCCGACGACCUGGAGAAAGUCGCAGCACAAGCCGACCGAGUCUUUGAAAUCACGGGAAGAUCAGGAGCAGUCGCGAGUAUACAACCAGCUACCGCCACGCCGUCUACGAUAGAGCAGCAGAUAAAGGAAAUGGCUCAGCAAGUAGCCAGCCUGAACGAUCGUUUUUCACGCAGUGCCAAUAAAACUAGGCAGCGUGAGAGGUCACAGAACCGUCACAGACAGAAGCAAGAAGACAGCAACAUCUGCUACUACCACAGGCGUUUCAAGGGGAAGGCCAAGAAGUGCACAUCACCGUGCAAAUUCAAGAAGCAAGAAGAGGAAAACUAA